AUGCAGUACUCCUCCAUACUUUCCACUAGCAUGGCUAUAUUUUCGCUUUUUAGCGUUGCCGCAGCCACCAACACCGACCCUUUCAAAGUCACCCUCCCAGAUAUACUUUAUCGUGUCGACGAGACUAAUUCCCGGCAGGUGCUAAAGGACCAAGGCAUUAUGCGGAGCAAUGUCCUGUUCACUUCAGAUUUGCAGGCCGCCAGGAACGCUGCAUCAAAAGUCAAAAUUUCUUCUACCGGUGAACCUGUUCUCAGUGCUUGGGUUUAUUACAUCAAGACGGCCGGGAUGGAGACAAAGUUUAAUUUUGUCAGAGGCGUCGGUAAUUCUGCGAUUAAAGAGUUUCAGAGCACAGAUAUAAUCCCUUUGACGCACAUCAUCAAAGCUGAAGCGAUCGCGACGAAUGGCGCAGUGACACCACGCAAGCGCAACGGUUACGCCUUUACGUGGAUGCAGUUGAAAGAAGAGCGGGGAUAG